UUACCACCUCGUUCUACGCGCGGGAGACAGGCAGACGAGAGCGGAGAGCUAUACCCGAGGCCGAGCAAGCAGGAGAGGGAGAUGAAGGGGGAAGAGGCGCCGCCGGCGACGGUGGUGGUGGGGGAGGAGCACUGCGAGAUGGAGGACAGGGAGCUGACGGUGCGCAAGACCACGCUCUUCUCCCCGGGGGACGGGCUGGAGGCCUACGACCACCGCACGGGCGAGCUCGCCUUCCGCCUCGAGACGUACGGCCGGGGAGGCGCCUGCGGCGGGGGCGCGGCGGCGGGGGACCUGGCGCUGCUGGGCGCCGCGGGGGACCCCGUGCUCACGGUCCGCAGGCGCCGCCCCAGCCUGCACCACCGCUGGGACGGCUUCCUGGGCGACGGGGGCGCAGCCGGCGCCAAGCCGCUCUUCUCCGCCCGCCGCUCCUCCAUCCUCGGCGCCGGGGCCGGGGUCCUCGUCGACCUCCUCGCCCCCGCCCAUGCCGCAGCCAAGGAGUUCCGCGUCGACGGGUCGUUCCCGAGGCGGUGCUGCCGCGUCGUGGCGGUGGCCUCCUCCGUCGGCGGCGAGGUGGAGGAUCAGGAGACGGUGGUGGCGGAGGUGCGCAGGAAGGUGGACGAGGGCGCGCACGUGGUGCUGGGCCGGGACGUGUUCGUGCUGUGGGUGCGGGCCGGCUUCGACGCCGCCUUCGCCAUGGGGAUCGUGCUCGUGCUCGGCCGCAUCACCGGGGACGAGCUCGACGGCGUCCUCGGCGAGGAGCUGCUCCUCGAGGCCACCUCGCCGGUGUAGUAGGCCCUGCUGCCUGCUGGAGCUCUGUGACCUCCUUUUUUUGGCUGACGCAACGCAGGCAGGGUCGUCGCUUGGUCUGUGAUGCGCAUCUCGCGGACGGACUCCUGGCUGGCAUUGUUGCCUGGCAAACAAAGCUUUAAGCUUGGAUUGGAUCGAGCUUGUAGCUUUGAGUGAACAUGGACAUGAUCUCCACUGCACUGUUGGAUUAUUACAUUAGUUUUGAUAAUUAUAUAGUACGUACUAUCUGGAAUUAUUAAACACGGUGUUAUGAAAGUCUUGUAUACCUGCUGAAGAUUCGGAUCUGAUGGGGAUCUACACAUC